AGAAGUAGCGUGCCGUGUGCAGCCCGAUACAUAGACUACCGAGUGCAGGCUACCCCAUUCAAUCAUUCGAAAUACGACGGUUGAUAGUCAGAGUUAUUCCGUGGUAGAGAGUAAGUUUCGAUCCCCGAGCGGCUAGUGAAGAGGCCACUGUAAGAUCGACGUGUCUGAAAGUGUACGUGUGAGUGAAAUUCGACAUCAUCAAAUUCUACAAUUAAAUCGAAAAAUCUCCUGACAAAAUCCCAAGAUGCCUUUUAAGCCAGCUGAAAACCCAAAGUGCCCCAAGUGCAGCAAAUCGGUCUACGCUGCCGAGGAGCGAGUAGCCGGAGGACACAAAUGGCACAAAGGAUGCUUCAAAUGCGGAAUGUGCGGCAAAAUGCUUGACUCCACAAACUGCGCAGAACAUGAGAAUGAGCUAUACUGCAAAAACUGUCAUGGACGCAAAUACGGCCCCAAAGGCUACGGAUUCGGUGGUGGUGCUGGGUGUCUGUCAAUGGAUACCGGCGCACAGUUCCAAUCGACGGACGAUGGCAGAACUAACGGACACAUUGAGCCGAAACCGAUACCAAAAGCGCCCGAAGGAGAAGGUUGCCCUCGUUGUGGUGGAUAUGUUUAUAUGGCCGAGCAAAUGUUGGCACGUGGAAGAGCCUACCAUAAAGGAUGUUUUAAGUGCGGCGAGUGCAAGAAAAAUCUCGACUCGGUAAAUUGCUGCGAGGGUCCGGACCGUGAAAUCUACUGCCGAGUAUGCUACGGUAAGAAGUUUGGUCCUAAAGGAUAUGGCUACGGUCAAGGCGGUGGAGCCUUGCAAUCCGAUAGCACCGAUCUGAUUGAUCGGUUCGGUUCUCGUGGGUAUGGCCACUCGGGUAUGUCAUUCCUUGGCCUCAUGUGCGAUGCUAGAGAUAUAGAACUACAGAGUGAAUUUACACCGAAAACUGCGGUCGCAGAUACGUCAGCCAUCAAAGCAUCACCAGGUGAAGGAUGUCCCCGUUGCGGAGGUGUAGUUUUUGCGGCUGAGAUGGUCCUGUCCAAGGGUCGCGAAUGGCAUCGUAAAUGCUACAAAUGUCGCGACUGCACAAAAACCCUAGAUUCCAUCAUCGCUUGUGAUGGACCAGAUGGCGACGUGUAUUGUAAGACUUGCUACGGCAAAAAGUGGGGACCACAUGGAUAUGGAUUCGCAUGCGGGUCAGGUUUCCUACAGACGGAUUGCAUGACCGAAGAGCAGUUGGCUUCUCAGAAACCGUCUGUUCCGAUAGAUACAACCUCUAUCAAAGCUCCGGCCGGUCAGGGAUGCCCACGCUGCGGUGGAAUGGUAUUUGCUGCAGAACAACAGUUGGCCAAGGGCACAAUGUGGCAUAAAAAAUGUUUCAACUGUGCCGAAUGCCACCGUCCACUCGACUCAAUGCUUGCCUGCGAUGGUCCUGAUAAAGAAAUCCAUUGUCGUGCAUGCUACGGCAAGUUGUUCGGACCAAAAGGAUUUGGUUUCGGACACACCCCAACUUUAGUAUCAACAGAUGUACAAUCUACACCAAUCUACACGGACUUCAAGCCAAUGAACGGCCCGAAGGCAACUGACGGCAAAGGUUGUCGUCGUUGCGGAUAUUCCGUGUAUGAGGCGGAGAAGAUGCUUAGUAAGAACCUGGUGUGGCAUAAGCGGUGUUUCAGCUGCUUUGACUGCCACAAGUCAUUAGACUCCACGAACCUAAACGAUGCACCGAAUGGUGAGAUCUACUGCAAAGGCUGCUAUGGCCGAAAUUACGGCCCACGUGGGGUCGGUUUUGGAAUAGGUGCCGGAGCGCUCACGAUGACGUAAAUUAUCAGUAAUAAAUCCGCUUUUUUGUUCGUUUUACACAUAACUAUUAAACAACUAAAAUCAACAUGUAUUUUUAAAGUUUCCAAUGCAGUAGCUGACAGAAUUUAAAAUGUGUUACUAAUUUCCUUCCCGGUUAGUAAGUUUAAUCAAAUUCCUUUCGCAUCCGAAAUCUCUGACAGAUCAAUGAAUGUGUAUGAAGGAAAAUGUAGAUUGAAUUUCACUGCUACAAAACAAAACAAACGGAAAACUACAUGAAAAUUAGUUCAAUCUCAACACACGACACUAAUAUCCAAUGAUCAAACUAAGCACGAAGUGUAACUAAUUACCAAGCGAACGACCAGGGCUCGAUCCUGCGAUCAUCAGAAGUAAAUGUGCCGAUAGAGGAAUUCUUUUUUUCUCAUCAUUUUUUUCACUCAAACCGAUUACAUUUUAAAACACUAGGAUUCGUUGCAUUCGCGUAUUUGAAUAAAUAGCCUUUUGAAUGUCAACAUUUGUUGCGAGACAUUAACCUACAAAGUACUUUUAAAAAAACUAUGUGGAUCGAAUGUUAGCUGGAAUCAUUUAAAGGAUUUACUUUAGAAAUAAGUUAUUUUUACAAAAGAAACGUUUAAAUUUCCAAACCUUUAUUUGAGCUUUUAAGAAAUAAGUUGGGAACGUUUGAACAUCUGCAGUCAACCAUAGAAUAUACUGGCAAGUGUUUCUGGCUUCGCCCAAAUGAGGUACAUUUUUUAUAACUUUAGUUUUUUUUCAUUUAACAUCCCUAACACAACAAACUUUAGCGCUAAAUAAUAUAGAUAGUGAAUGAUACAAAUGAGGAAUAUUAUACGCGAUCGAUUUUCUUUAUAUGUGGAAGCAUGGGCUUAAGCGAAUUAAUUUAUUUUAUUAUUUUAUAUACAUAUACUAGUGAAAGAAGAAAAGGUCAAGAAAUGCAGAUAAAUGGUUCUCUGUAUCACAUUUCAAUAUCAUCAUUAUUGUAAUAUUGCUAAUGAAUAAACCAUAUACAAUGUGCUAAGUUAGCUAAAUAACGACGUGAGAAAAAUGUAAAAAAGUAUAUUAAUUCAAUAAAAAUGCUAAAAAUC